CGCGUGACCUGCUCGGGCGGGGCGGUAUCGCGGCGCUUCCCUCGGUCGCUCAGAGCCUGGGUUCCGCGUUCCAGCCCCGCCCCAGGGUCUGGGCCAAUCCCCGCGGCAGGGUAGAGCGUCCCCGAGGACGGCGCCCCGCAAACCACGUGGCCCGGGAGGCGCCGAGGCCAGCGAUGGGCGUGCAGCCCCCCAACUUCUCCUGGGUGCUCCCAGGCCGGCUGGCGGGGCUGGCGCUGCCGCGGCUCCCCGCCCACUACCAGUUCCUGUUGGACCUGGGCGUGCGGCACCUGGUGUCCCUGACAGAGCGCGGGCCCCCUCACAGCGACAGCUGCCCCGGCCUCACCCUGCACCGUCUGCGCAUCCCCGACUUCUGCCCGCCGGCCCCUGACCAGAUCGACCGCUUCGUGCAGAUCGUGGACGAGGCCAACGCACGGGGAGAGGCUGUGGGAGUGCACUGUGCCCUGGGCUUUGGCCGCACUGGCACCAUGCUGGCCUGUUACCUGGUAAAGGAGCGGGGCUUGGCUGCAGGAGAUGCCAUUGCUGAAAUCCGACGACUGCGACCCGGCUCCAUCGAGACCUAUGAGCAGGAGAAAGCAGUCUUCCAGUUCUACCAGCGAACGAAAUAAGGGGCCUCAGUACCCUUCUACCGGGCCCUCACUCCCCUGCCCCAUGUUGUCGAUGGGGUCAGAGAUGAAGGGAAGUGGACUAAAGUAUUAAACCCUCUAGCUCCCAGUGGCUCAAGACACUGAAGUAGCCCACCCCUGCAGGCAGGUCUUGAUUGAAGGGGAGGCUUGUACUUUUUUGUUGAAUAAAUGAGUUGUACAAACCAGG